AUGGCAACGAAUACAUCCCAGCAGCAACCCCGCGGUAGGCUCCGCGAUGUCAUACCAGAGACCCAUCUCGGGUUCUGGUCACCUGGUCCGAAAAACGGCAUCACAGACGUCCCCGGUGUCCUCGCCCAUACUACCACUAUUCGUGAUGAGAGCGGUCAAAUCAACACGGGGCUAACCACUAUCCUCCCCAGAAAAGACUGGUUCCACAAGGCCUGCCAUGCCGGCGUCUUCCGCCUCAACGGAUCUGGAGAAAUGACUGGGACACACUGGAUCGAAGAAAGCGGUCUCUUGCACUCGCCCAUUCUCAUCACCAACAGCUUUGCCGUAGGACCGUGUUACACCGGCAUUUACAAGUACGCAAUUGAACAUUACGGAAAAGGCGAGGAGGGAAUCGAUUGGUUUCUGCUGCCAGUCGUUGCUGAGACCUUUGACGGGCAUCUCAAUGAUCUGAGACAAUUUGCUGUAACGCCUGAACACGUCGUGGACGCUAUCACGAAUGCUUCUGAGGAACCUAUUGCCGAGGGCAACGUGGGUGGCGGAACAGGUAUGCUGUGCCAUGGAGGGAAAGGCGGUACCGGGACUAGUAGUAGAAUCGUGCCUGGGCAGAACGAUACAUCCUACACGGUUGCCGCUCUUGUCCAGGCCAACUAUGGAAGACUCCAGCAUCUGCACAUCUCAGGCGUUCCAGUCGGACGAAUCCUACAAAAGCAAAGGGCAAAAGACGAGGCCGCCGCCGCUCACGAUAAAGCAUACAACGACGCAAAGGACAAGAAAGACGGGUCUAUCAUCGUCAUCCUCGCCACGGAUGCACCGCUUCUUCCAGGCCAGCUCAAGCGGUUAGCCAAACGAGCGACCAUGGGCCUUGCGCGUGUAGGCAGCUAUGCUCAUAAUCCUUCAGGGGAUUUAUUUCUUGCGUUUUCAACGGCUGCUGAGAUACCCGUGCAACCAGUCCCUGGAGAGGAUAGAGUCGUUGAUAAAUUCAAGCCCGAGCUGAUUGACGUAGAAGCGACCAACAACAAGAGUAUCAAUGGGCUCUUUGAAGCAGUGGCUGAUGCUACGGAGGAGGCUAUAUACAAUGCGCUUUGUAUGGCUGAGACGAUGACGGGCAAUAUGGGCCGGACGGUGGAAGCUCUGCCAUUGCAAGCUACCAGGGAGAUUAUAGCUAAGUUUAAGGAAGCUGAGGACUCAUUUGAGUAG